AGAUUGGCCACCAGUGGAUGAAGCCCUUGGUUGAGGUAAAUAAAAACUGAUAAUGAUGAAGCCAUAAUUAAGAUAGAUCUGAUCAAGCUACAGCUAUAAAGAAAGCCAUGAUCAUUUCGCAUGGCCCUAGCCCUGUGGAUUUAUGGCUGACAUCAUCUAAUGAGUCGACAGAGCUGAUCCUUUGAGAUAUACAAUGAGUCAGUUUGCUGCAGCAAGCAGGGGUCGGAGGUUCGGACAAAGGCAGCCACCAGUUUAUAUCACGAUAAAGCAAAUACUGGAGCGGUACCCAGAUGGCCAGAUCUUCAAGGAAAUGAUCCAGAAUGCUGACGAUGCUGGAGCAACGACUGUUUGGUUCUACGUAGAUGAGAGACAACAUGGCACCUCCAACCUCCCUCACCCUGACCUGGCCAAGUUCCAAGGGCCUGCUCUAGUGGUUGCCAAUGAUGCAUGUUUUACUGAUAGCGACUGGGAAGGGAUACAGAAACCGCAAGAAAGUAUCAAAGCCGAGGAUCCCUUUAAAGUUGGGAGGUUUGGGAUUGGCUUCAACUCUGUCUAUCACAUUACAGAUCUCCCAAUCCUUGUGAGCGGUCGGGAUGUUGGUUUUCUGGACCCUAUAGGAAAGCUAUGGCCUGGUGACCCAGGUCGGCAGUUUCAGCUUCGUGAAUUGCAAGAUGGUAGUAUUGCUACAGCACUACAUGGUCUUGCAAAUUUCCGUAGCGGCUCUUCAGAAUAUUCCUAUUCAAUCUUUCGACUUCCACUGCGAAAGGAAGCUUCUGUUCUAUCUAGAAACAUUUACACUGUUGAUAAGGUUAAGAAGCUUUUGGAUGCAUUGCGAAAAGAAGCAAAGUAUUUGCUCCUGUUUUUGAAAUCAGUGACCAAGAUUGAAGUAGUUUACAUUGACUCAGUGUUUAAAGAAUAUAAACCUUCCUUCUCCGUCUCAAUUGAUUCCAGAUGUUUGCUAGAAGUUAAUCAACGAAGAUCCGCUCUCCUUGCUCAACUACACAAGACAAAUUCUUGCCGUGUUACCAACAGCACGCCAUUUACUGUUGAUUUCAAAGUGACCGUAAACAAUUCCUUGGGUCGAUCAGACACAAGUCAUUGGGUUGUAUCUACUCAUGUGGGCUCAAGAAAUCAAGAGGUGUUAGAUAUAGCGGAUGAACUCAAAAUAUUUCCUUGGGUAGGAGUUGCCUUUGAAUUGUCACAGCAUCUAGAUGAUAAUGGGCGAGUGUUUUGUUUUCUUCCCCUACCUGAUGGAGUCUUUACUAAUUUGCCAGUUCAUGUCAACGGCACCUUCAGCUUGAAUGAUAAUAGGCGAGCCCUAAAAUGGACAAGUUCCGAACGCACUAAUGACACAAUGUCCCACUGGAAUGAUCUCCUCAUUAAAAACUUGCUUCCUGAAUGCUAUUUUCAACUUCUUCUAAAGAUCAAAGAUUAUGGUAAAGAGCAGUUCUACCUUGCUUGGCCAAAUCCUGUUAAGCUUCACAAUUCACACUGGUCAGGUCUUCUGCCAGAUCUAUACCCUAAAAUCUUAGGGAUAGACUGUUUGUGGUGCGCUGCAUUCAACUGCUGGAUCAUUCCCCGAAAUGCAAUUUUCAUUCCCCAAAAGGAAAUUAUUGAAACCGUUGUGACUAGAGUUCUCACUGGGUGUGUUCUUUACGUAGUUGAGGCUCCAGAGAUUGUGUGGACAGCUUUAGCACACUAUGGAAGUCACAUAAAAGUUCAGACAAUUACAGCAAAGAUCACUCGAAGAGAGAUAAGCCGAAAUGAAGCAUCUUACAAGCGAGAGUCCACUGCUGAGAAACUUAAGCUGCUUGAAUUUUGCUUGGCAGACGAAAACUUUUCUGAUCUUCAAACCAUUGCUCUAGUUCCUCUUGCCAAUGGUCAGUUCAGUAAAUUUGCUCAACCAGGUUCAAAUGCUCGAUACGUCUGUUCUAAAGGAUAUCCUAGGAGCCUUCUUCCCAAUCUGGAUUCGUUUCUGAUUGAUGCCUCGGGAACGCUACAGAGCAAGUUGUUAAAAGUAGCUAAAAGUGGAAAGACCCAGUUGAAAAUACUCAAUACCGAUCGAGUAGCCCAAUUAUUACCUCAUUGUUUUCCUCAACAAUGGAAGGAGCAAUCAAUUGUGACACUUCCUUGUUCAACUUUUCCUACCGAUUGGUUUAAAAUUUUCUGGAAUUGGGUUCAAAGUCAUGACCUCUCACUCUUUAUCGGUCUGCCAGUUCUUCCUUUAGCCACCACAAGUGUUAGAGAUGGUUUCCGUGUGAUAAAGUUAGCACAAACUGCUCAGUCAAGUGUUGUUAUUGUGUCAGAUGAUUGCCCUAGAGAGAUACUGACUGCAUUAUCCAAACUGAAAGUAAACUGUGGAAUGCUCAAGUACGUACCAUUUAUAUGGCACAACGAACUGUAUCAGUAUGUACACAAGAGUAGCAGUCCCGCUGGAAUUCUUACGGCCAUUGGUAAUGCUAAUCCUGCCACAAAAAACGUUUCCCGUGUCAGUUUUAGUACGCCAGAGGCCACGAAUCUCCAACGAUUUUUGAGUAUGAAGGUGCCAGUCCAUUUAGGAUCAUCUCAGAAAUCAGUGCUAGCACACCUAUCUAUGUUUAAACUACUCAACAGUCCUACGAUGAUCUCUGUUAUCGCAGCACAAACCCUAUCCUGGAACUCCCAAGCAAUCCUUGAGCCCCGUGGAUUUCAGUUGACAAUAACUAACAUUCCCGAUAAACUCAACAUUUUCUCGAGAGCAGAAAAUCAAGUGGAACUAUUCAAUCAUUUGAAAAUGCACGUGGGAAUGCCUAGUACAAUGAGUGACCUCAUUCAACACAGCAUUUUCCCUAUGAUUACUGAUAAUUGUGUUGAAAGCUCAAAGAUUGAUGUGCUGAUGAAGGAGAUCGUCCAGCUACUUCCUGUUCUCAAAAUUCAAAGUGGAGCAGGAAUACCAGUAUCCUUGAGUAAACUGCCGUUCCUCCCAUCCAGUUUGGGCAAGCGGAAAGCACCAAUUGAUCUAUUUGAUCCAACCAGUAAGGAGCUAAAAGAUCUCUUUAAAGGUCAAGAUGCAUUUCCUCUAUCACCAUUUGACGAAUGGGAACUUGUUGCCAAUCUUCGAGGAUGUGGUCUUCAAACGUCCGUUAAUGCUCAAAGACUGCUUGAUAUACUCACAACUGUCAACGGAAGGAAUACAGAUAUUCCUGUGAAAGCGACCGAACAAGAGUUCUCAAGGAUGGAAGCAGUGCUUAAUUACAUGUCUUCACAUCUAAGUCUGCUCAAAGAAAUUGUUUACUUCAGAAAUCAGCAAUUGCAGUUAGAUAGAGAUUUCAGGUAUAUUCUCAGCCAAAUUAACUGUUUACCAGUGCUGCAAACAAGUCCUGGGAACUAUCCUGAAAGUUUUAAAUGGAAAGGUGCUACUUGUGCAUCCCACCUUGUUGCUGCUUCUGCUAAUGUUGUAUGCUGUACAAGUAGAACCCUCACGAAAUGUGCAUAUUUAGUUGGCUCACAAGCGUACUUUGUGCAGAUACCUCAACAGUUAGACUCUCUGCUAUCUACUAAGUUGCAGCCAAGUAUGGUACUGAAUCACUUCAAGAGUGUGAUGAGUUUCAGUAAGCAGUGCAGCACUGUGAAUCUAGAAAAGUUCAUUAAACCAGUUGCAUACAAUGUGUAUGAAUUUCUCAGUAAUAACUUAGAAGCCAGCAAAUCACGUACAUUCUUGUACAACAAGGAAUGGAUAUGGGUUCAGAGUAAGAAGAAAUUUGUGAGACCUCAAGUAGUAGCAUUGGAAGAGCACGCAGAAUUUUCCGAUUCAGACAAGCUAGAACCAUAUCUAUACCUCCUUCCGGAAGAUUUACAGCGAUUUUCUAAACUUUUUCUCAAAUUUGGAGCGAUGCAGAGAUUUUCUACACCUCAGAUACUCCAUGUCCUUGUUGACAUUCGAAACAAUAGUUUCCAGGAAGUAUCUCCCAAAAAACAAUGGUUUGUGGUCAAAAGCAUUCUUGGAUGGCUCACCGAUGAAGGAAAAGUGUCAGUGCCUUCAAAUGUAAGUAAUGAAUCGAUUAUUUAUGUGCCUAUCAGUUCUAGCUCUAGUUCUGCAUCUCCUCAACUUGAGAAUGUUAAAGAUGUCGUCUUCUCGGACUUGACGUAUCUAAGGUCUUUCUACAAAGCCGAAGACUACAAAUUCAUUCACAGUAAUGUGUCCUAUUUAGCAAGUGCUCUGGGAGUAAGACCCCUUAGUAAGCAGCUGAACAUCUCUGAGGCAUUUGGUGAUGUAGGUCCACAUGAGUCACUAGUUACUCGGCUUAAGAACAUUUUGAAGGAUUAUCAUGACGGCCUAACUAUUAUCAAAGAACUACUUCAAAAUGCUGACGAUGCAGAGGCUACUGAAGUCAAUAUCUGCUAUGACACACGCUUGCAUACAGAUAAUCCUGAUGUGCUUCUGUUUCCAGGAAUUGCUAAAUGCCACGGGCCUUCUCUUGUGGUCCAUAACAAUAGCUUAUUCUCUGACGAUGACUUUAAGAACAUUGAGAAAUUAGCUGGUGCCACAAAAAGUGAUCAACACUUGAAAAUUGGCAAAUUUGGCCUCGGAUUUUGCUCAGUAUAUCACAUUACUGACGUUCCAUCUUUCGUCAGUGGAGAUCGUUUGUACAUAUUUGAUCCUGCGCUUAAGUUUUUGAGGGAAGAAAAUCAAGAUAGGUCUAGACCUGGCAAGUGUCUGCGUAUUACAGAAGAGAUAGUUGCACAAUCUCAUCAACUUGAUCCUUACAUUGGCUUGUUUGGCUUUAAGAAGAACCAACGUUACAAAGGGACAAUGUUUCGAUUCCCAUUCAGAACAGACGGCAGUAAGUUGAGCAGCAGGGUAUACGAUUCUACCCUAAUUGAUAAGUUGGAAACAGAGAUAAGGGAAGCUGGCUCAAAACUUCUGCUUUUUCUACAACAUGUUAAUCGUUUAACUUUCAGUCGUAUAAAUCCAACAGAAAGUGAUCCAACUCUCAUUUUUGAAAUUCGGAGAGAGAACAAUCGGGCAGUUAUUUCUGCAGAGAGCUCUUUGGUGUCGAGCACUUUUGCAAACCUUCUUUCUAUUGAUGUGAUAGAACAUCGUUCAAAAAUACCAAAGCAAACUGAGAAGUGGCUGGUAGGCACUCACAGAAGUACUGACCCUGAAUACAGAGUCUCCUCAGCCGCCUGUUGCAUCAUUCAAAAUGGCACUGUAAAGUUUCCCUCUCCAGUACAAGGAGAAAUGUUUUGUUUCUUACCUCUUGCACAGAAAACAGGACUGCCAAUACAUAUCAGUAGCAAUUUUGCUGUUAGAAACGAUCGAACUGGAAUUCACUCCUCUGACAGGAAUUCUCGGAAGAACAGUGAAGCCGAUUGGAAUGUUACACUGAUGCAAUCUGUUGUCCCAGAAGCAAUUCAUACACUCCUCGUCGCUGUACGGUUUAUGUGUGAAGAUAAAUAUCUGUCAGUCAGUAGCUAUGUGUUUAGUUCCUUGUGGCCAUUGAAAAACAAAUUGAAGAUUGUGAAUCCAUGGGAGGAGUUAGUGCAACCAACUUAUGAGCUUAUUAUGGACAGCAAACUGUUCUACUCUUCCAAUCGACAGAAAUGGAUGUCUUUUGAUGAGAUAAUAGUUCUUUCAAAAACGAUUCUCUGUCUAGCCCACGAACAUUCCCACUCCCUGCCAGAAUGUGUAGUGAAGGUGAUGGAGAGCUUAAAGUAUUCUCUGGUUUCUUUACCAGCGAUUUAUAGGCAAAGUUUGCCUACCCAGAGCACUGAUUAUCUUAUGGAGGAAAAGAAGUUCUUAGAAAUAUUCUUCAAAAACUUUAAAAAUUUAGUUGUAUCUCAGGACACUAGAAAUAAAGUUCUGCACCUGCUUUUGCUAAAGUAUGCAGAGACAAUUGCUAAUCCAAGAAUUACUGGUCUCCAUUACUUGAAUUCCUACCUCGUAAACAACAAAUGUAUCCCUUGCAAGCCAAAAGGAAAAACUGUGAAACAUUGCCGUGAGAUUGUCGAUCCCAACGCAUUGUUUUCAAUUCUUUAUGAUGAAGAAGAUGAAGUGUUUCCAAUUAGCAUUUAUGACAAUGAAAUUGCUCGUGUAGCCCUGAGAAAGUUACAUAUGAUUAGUGAUCUGUUGCCACUAAAGAUGUUGAUCGAGAGAGCAAAGCAUAUCCAGAAGCUUUACAAAAGCAACAAAGCAUUAGCUUUGCUAAAAGUGGAAGUUAUUCUGAAGUGUGUAGACCAACAAGUCAAGUCAACAAACGAUUUUCCAGAUGGUUUAAGCGAACUAGCUCAAAUAGACUUUCUCCCUGUCAUGAGUCCUCCUAAAAGGUAUCCUGAGUUUUUAUUCUGGCAAGGCAGGGGACGACCCCUACAGAGUUGUAGUGAUGUCAUUUAUGGAGAAGAUAAUUACAAACUUGUUGGAUCUCAAACUGCCAUCGUUUGUGAAAAGGCUCCAAAACAUGGUGGUUGUAGCUCUAUUCCAUAUAAUGCUCUUCGUGCACUCAAAAUUAGAGCAACUCCUACUUUAAGUUGCGUGGUAAAACACCUGCAAUAUGUUGCUGGUCGCAAAGUCACAAAAUAUCUCACAGAAAACCCCGACAAAGAACAAGCAGUAAAGAAGUGGAUUGAAGAAAUGUGUUCAGACAUUUGCAAGUUCUUUGAAACUGAGCUGGGCAAGAACACAUCGGAGAUUAGCGAGCUGAAGAAACUUCGUGGCACUCCAUGCCUCUGGACCGGAGAAGAGUUUGUGUCCCCGCAAAGUGUGGCUAUUCAGUGGGGUAGGAGUGGUCCUUUUUUGUACAAGCUCCCAGAUUCUUUAAAAUCAAAGGAAAACCUUAUUAAAGCUCUCGGCAUACAAGACAUUUUUCCGAAAGAUCAGCUAUUGAAAGCACUGGAAAGCUUAUAUACCUUUCAUAGUGAUGAACCUAUUGGAUCUCGAGAAUUAAGACUAGUCGAAGCAAUCGUAUCUCAACUAGAUGAUGAAGAAGUUGAAUUUGAUACAAGUGAGCAAGCGGUUUACCUCCCAGAUGAAAAGAAGAUCAUGAGAUCAACUAGUUUAUUGGUUUACAAUGAUGCUCCCUGGUGCAAAAUGGGCAGUGACUGCGUUUAUCAUGAAAUAUAUUACAAAAUACCUAGACCUGUGGCACUAAAACUUGGAGUAAAACCCAUACGUUCAAAGGCUUUGGAAAGCUACGAGUCAUCAGAGCAAGAUUUUGAUGGGGUAGAGUUUGGACAACACGAAGAGUUGACUCAAAGAAUCAAGACCAUUCUAAGCGAGUACCCGUUUGAUAUAACUGUCAUUAAAGAACUGCUACAAAAUGCUGAUGAUGCAAAGGCCAAGCAACUGUAUUUCAUUCUGGACAAACGAAAUCAUGGUACAAACAAAAUCCCUUCUGUUAACUGGAAGGAUCUUCAAGGGCCGGCAUUGCUGGUGUGGAAUGAUAUGGGGUUCUCACCAGACGACCUGAAAGGCAUUCAGAAACUGGGUCUGGGCAGCAAGCGAUCCAAAUCAGAAUCCAUUGGUCAAUUUGGUAUUGGGUUCAAUUGUGUGUACCAUCUCACCGACUGUCCUAGCUUCCUCACCAAUGGCAACACAAUGUGUAUAUUAGAUCCUCAUGUGCGAUACAUCCCAGGUGCUACAGUGCUUAAGCCUGGGCGAAUGUACGAUAAAGUUACUGAUGGAUUUUGGGAAAAUUGGAGCGAUAUAAAAAGCUCUUAUCUUCGUGAGAACGUGUCUGGCUGUCCCAUGGAGGUCAAGCAGAGUGGUUCACUGUUUAGAUUCCCUCUUCGACACAAUAUUGAACUUGUAAAGAAGUCUAAACUUAUUGAUAUAGAUACCGUAACUGACACAGCCACUCUUGUUCUCUCUGCAAGCAAACUGGAGGAGCAUCUUCUUGAUUGGGCUCAAAAGAUGAAAGAUGGGCUCAUAUUUCUGAACAAUGUAGUUGAGAUGAAAUUUUUUAUCAUCGCAAAUGAUAGUAACAUGCUUCUAAAAUUCCAUUAUAAGGCCUGCCUAGAGGACAGAGCUAUUGAUCAGCGUCUUGCUAUCCAACACAGUGCUAGCAAAUUCACAUCAGACGGAGACACGACACCCACGUCAGUGUUCUAUGAUCUCACCCUGUCUGAAGAAGCUCCCAUUAAGACAUCUGAAAAAUGGGUUGUCAAACGAGGAAUCGGUGACUCUAUGAAGUCUAAACAAACGUGGCAAUUUCUUCAGCAAAUCAGACCCAAUCAUGGCCUUGCUACUCCAGUUGGCAGUACAGGUUUCAAGGGCAAUGUGUUCUGCUUUCUGCCGCUCCCUAUGCACUCAAGUCUGCCAGUUCAUGUCAACGGUAACUUCAUUCUUGAUGCUGCCAGAAGUAGUAUAUGGCAGCAUAGAGACUUAAAAGCACCUGAUGACAAAGCCAGAUGGAACAUAAAUCUGAUUGAAGCCAUAGCUUCCUCAUAUUCUGAAUUUGUAGUCUCUUGUCAACAAUGUUAUGUGCUAGCUUCUUACUCUGCAAGAAGGAAGAUUCAAAACAGUUGUCAGUCCUACUACAGUAUUUUUCCUUAUUGGCACAAAUCACCACCUACUAAUGGUCCUAGAGAAACUGACCAAAAAUCUGAAUCUGCAUCAGCUGAUGAAUUGUCCGAAAGAGAUACAACUCCACCUAGAGAAGCCCAAACAGGCAGUACCACCAGUUUAGUCGGUGUAGUACCUGAGGGUGUGAUGAGAGUACUUGCUGAAGAAAUGUACAAAAAACUUUAUGAAAGGAAUGCAAAAGUGCAUAUAGUCAUUAGAGCAUCUGGUAUGGGGAACGACAAAGUAUUUCUCACAGAGUUUCAUCCACUUGUGAAUAAGGAGGAUCCCUCAAAUCAAGUCCAUUUUUGGGAAUCAAGUAGGAGAGUUGGGAACGUUGCACCUAUCUUGAAAAGAAUUGGUCUUCAUCUCUCUGUGGCACCUAUCUGGCUUAGAAAGCAUUUCAGAGACGUUAAAAUUGAACUACCUGAAGCCACACCAGCCACUGUAUAUGCCUACUACAAGCAAUUCCAUGAUCAAGUUGCUAAUAGUGGGGAGUUCCCUUGCUAUAUCAAAAACACUUCUUUUCAAACAGUUGAAGACUUUAAGGUGUUCUCUAAGUACCUUCUUAGAAAGAAAGAUGCCCAAACGAGCGCUGUGGAGUUUCCAGAUGAGCCUUGGAGCCUUCCCUUGUUGCUCACCGCUGACAAUCAAUUAUGUUGCUUUGACAAAGAAUCAAAAGUGAUUCACACUACUAAAGAUUACUCCAGUAUAUUUUCAGACAGCCCUAAUCACUUUCUGCAUCCUUCACUCGUAGAGAUUAGGUACAAAAAUUCAUACUUUCUACGGUCUUCUGAUAAAAAUACGAAUAUUGUUCAUGAAAUUCUCAAGCGUGCCAUGCCAAAUGUACUCCAUAAUGUGCAUACAGUGAAGGACGUAGCAAGGUAUUUCCCAAAAGACAAGUUUGUUCUUCUAUGGAAAUGCUUUGAAAACGAGAUAGUUUUCUCAAACUGCCUGACGAAAACAGUGAAAGAAUGGGCCAUACUCCUCUCUACUGAUGGUCAGGGCUUUUCUUGCAGCAAGCUGGACCAGCUGCUUCCUGUGAUUCCUCCACAUAAACCUGAGCCAAGUGAUACAGAUCCAGUGUGUGACUCUCUUGGUUACAGUAUGUAUGAACUGCUUUCGAAACAUGGUAUGCCUGUCCUUGACACUACCACUUGCAGUGUAUCAAUGUGCAAAAAGUUUUGUCCACAAUUCUCACAGCCAGGUUCCAUCCUAAGUAAUAUGUUCCACCUGCAUCAGAAAAUGAGUGGCUCGGGUACACUCUAUACACGUGCUGUCCUUGAUACUAACAUUCAAAAGAUCAUUAUGUAUCUUGCCAAAAUUCACUUGUCCCAAGACAUGGAUAGCCUAUCAAAAAUCAAAAAUCUCCCUAUUUUCUGUGACAUCAACCACCAGUAUCAAGCACUCCGGCAGAAUGUUUAUCUUUGGCCUGGAAUUGUCUCAACUGUUGGAAGUGACAAAUGGCUACAUGAACACGAGGCUAUAUUUCUGCCAGCUGACGGAGAUUGGAGUCAACUAGGAACGGGGAAAGAGCUGCUUCAAAUUAGAGACAUAUCACCACUCUCAGUCUACACAGAGUUCAUUUUCCCAAAGUUUAGUAAUUUCAGUCACGAUGAAAGAAUAAGUCAUCUAAAACACAUUCGAGACACUGAAGAACUUUUUAAAACUGCCUUUGCAGUAAGUAAGAGUAAAUCCCUUCAAGGAAAGAAUGAAGCUGCUUUGUUUGUGGCAGCUCUUCAACAGCUUCCAUGUCUGCCCGUGAAUGGAGUACUAAAACCACUGUGUGAGUUUUGUGACCCCGACGAAAAAGUUUUCAAACUUUUUCCAGAUAAUGUUUACUUCCCACCAAAAGAAUUGCAAAAUGCGGAAUGGCUUCCCUUCUUUCGCAAUAUUGGUUUGAGGACUAAACCAACCAAGGAAGAAUUUACCUUAAAUUGUCAGAGGAUUACAAAUGGUAAGCAUUCAGAGCUACUAGCAGCAUCCAAAAUCCUGGUUGAGCACCUUUGUUAUGAGGAGGAUUGGCAAGAAGAUGAAAUGUUCUUAAGGGAGAUAUCAAACAUCCCCUUUGUCUGUGCUCAAAAACUGCCGAGGUUAGCGUGGAUAAAAUCACCUAUUCCUGCUAAAAAUAUAGUUAUGCAAGGCAAAAAAUCUUUCAGCCUUACCACACUACGUGACUCUGUUAUUCAAAGCAAAACGGUAACGAUUGUCUGGACGGUGAGAAGUAUUGUUGAAUUACCUCGGCUCCAUUUCACCUAUGAGAGAAAAAAAGUAAAUAGGUUUUUCGACAAUAUUGGAAUUGCUUUGGAACCUACUCCUAAAGAUGUCAUUCAGAACCUUUGCAACAUCUCUCAAACAGAGUUUUCUAACGUUAGUCUUCUCCACAAGUAUCCAAACAAGCUGAUAGCUCCAAAACGAAGCUUUUCUCUGGUUGAUGUUGUUUAUGAUCAUUUCCUCUUCUUGAACAUCAAUGGAACUGAGGUACAACUAGAUAGGGUUAGAGACAUUACCUGCAUUCCUGUUUGUCAAGAGGGAAAGGUUACAGACAUUGUGAGACCAGUGCUCGUCAAACCUGUGGGUGUAGUAGCUACUCAUCCAGAAAAUUUGAAGAACUUUCUACCCAUUCUGAAUCCACUUCCGAAUAAGUUCUUUAAUGUUCUCCCUCGAUUAUCACUAAUAGGUGUACACACUGUAAUAGAACUUGAGCAGGUACAAUAUGGCUUGGAUACCAUCAAGCAGUACAGCCAAGAGCCUUACGAUCCUAACGACAUUAAGGUUCUCAAAGAGCUAUUAAAGAAACUGUACCAACUCUUACCGAACACAGCCAUCCCAACAGAAGUUUCUAGGAUAAAGUAUCCAUUGUACCUACCAGAUAAGUCAGCGCAAACAGGCGUACUAGUUGACAGCAAAACGCUGCUCUUUGAUGACAUGGGAUUCAAAAAUGGUCAUUUUGACAUGAGCCAAGUAGAAUACUCAUUCAUGGCUCUAUUGGUGGGAAGGAGAGAAGAGCGUGGGGAAUAUGGAUUUACUGCAAAAGAUAUUUUCGAGAAGAUCCCAACACAUGUACAACCCCAUCCGCUGUCGUUGUCUUGCACUCUAGAGCUCAACGAGACAUGCACACCAAACAAGGAGGCAGACCAAUGUCCACUUGCUUUGAAAUUGAAGAAAGCCUGCAGUGUUCCUCAUUUUGCUGGUGUGGUAUCUAAGAUCUUGAUACACAAGGGCAAUAAUGCAGAUCUUUGUCGGUGCUUUUCAGCUCAUUUGAGCAAGUUUCUUGAGAAUCUUCAAGUCUUCACAGUAAAGAAUCUUAAAGUCAAUGUUUUCUUAAAAUUAGUGGACCCACCUGCUAAGAUAGGAACAGCCUCUGUUGAUUUCUUUUUCCAACCGCCACAUGAUGAUCAAGGCUACUUUCUCUACCUUGAGGAAAAAUUAGAUCCUUUUAGUGUUACGGACCUUGUCGACGAUUUGUCAAAAGAAGUUACCAAAUCUGUGCUAAACAUGCAAAUGAGCACAAGUUUAACAGAUUUAAAUCAGACUGAUGCUUUCAAAGCCGUUAAACUUAUGAUACGUGUUGAUAAUAUAGAUGAGCUCCAGGAUUACCUAUUGAGGUUUGGCAUCAGUAUUUCAGACCUUCAACUGGAAGAGUCCUUAGAUAGAACUUACAAACCUAAAGUAGGCGAUCCAGUUCUGAAGGCAUGGCAUCACAGACUUCAGUCAGAUAUCAACAACUUCUUCAGACCCCAAGAAAUGGCUGCAUUGGAAAUUGACGAGGAGGAGUACAUUUAUGUCGUCGUGGAGUAUAAGAUUCCUUCUGACAUUGUUGCUGAUGGUUGUGAUGAAGAUGAGUUUUUUGAGCCUGACAAAUACCUGAUAAGGGUAAAAAUUGAGGAUGAAGAUGAUGGUUCGGAAACAAAAAUUGUAUCUGUAAUCGAGCUAUACAAAAUCUUCAGUGUGAAAGAGUUUGGAAACCCUAACAGCGAUUCCACAGAGCUGGUAAUAUGGGACCAAGAGAAUGAGAAUGUUAAGAUAUGGGACGCCGUAAAAGGAGACAAGCUCAAAGAUAUCAUGGCAGAAAUUUGUGAUGAACUUCGUCAAAUCUCUAAGAUAAAAGAUGAGAAUACAAAACGAAAAGCCAUCAAGGCAAUGUACCUCAAAUGGCACCCUGACAAGAAUUCUAACCCUCUGGCUACUAAAGCAUUCCAAUUCCUGCAACAACAAAUCCAACGACUGAAUGAUGGCAGGCCUCUUGAAGACCCCAGGGAGGAUUGGGAGCCAGAUGCUCACUACUCUCAUAACAGUUAUAGUCGAUAUAACUUUGAUCUGUGGGAUGAGAUUGUUAGAUCACGAAGAACCGCCUGGCGACAAGAGCAGAGAAGUUACCAACGUUUUGGAUGGGGGUCCUCUGCUAGCGAUUGGGUGGGGAGGGUGCGUGUUCAUCGUGAGCCAGAUAAAGCGAAGGCAUGGUUUGAACAAGCAGAGUAUGACUUUGAAGCGAUGAAUCUCUUGUUGGAGAAGGUCACUUGUCUGCAGAACCCUCGAGAGCAACUCUCUGCACAUGUGUGCUUCCUUGCCUGUCAGGUAGCUGAGAAGUCGGUCAAAGCUGGCAUGUAUCAAGUGUGUGGGCUUCAACCUGAAGGCCUGAUUCACCACAAAUUUGUUGGGUAUGCUGGUGCCCUUGAGCAAGAGAGAAGCACUGUUGCAGCUGGCUUACAAAGUCUCACACGAAUAUUGGAGGACUACUAUGUCAAGACAAGGUAUCCUAAUGCGUUUUGUCCUCAUGCUGCUCCAGCAAACAAGUUCAGCCCAAGUAAUGCAAGGGAAGCUGCAAUGGUUGCAAAUCAAAUAUUAGAAAUUGUUCGGAACAUUGUUAAUUAAUCAGAGUUUUACACUGUAUCAAACAUGUUAUUUAGCCUAGCAGCAGUUGCCAGUUAUCAGUAUAGUUUUGUGUUUUUCAGUGUUCUUGGUUUUAUACCCAUUCAAUUAAAUUUAAA